AAGCCAGGCUGACCUUUAUGCUCCCAGAAUCCUCAACCUUUUGUGGAAACCGUGGAAGGGCAGUUCUGGAAAAAUAAUGAAAAGCAAAGCACACUGUGGAGACAACCAGGAGCCCGGCUCAGGCUGCAGAGUCCUCCUCACCUUCCAAAAAAUGCCCCCGCUUCCGCUGGAGAAUGGAAAUUGGCAAAGAGAGGGGGGAAAAGGUCCAAUUUGCGCCUUUGCUAUUUUAGGGGAGGUUGAAAUUGCCAGCCAAAGUGGAGUGAUGCGCUCACUGGAGUGACCUCCGUUCCCCAAGACAGGCGGAAACCCAGGUCCUCUGCUUGUGAAGUGGCUCGAGCUCUUAGGCGCGAGGCGUUAUUACAUAAAUUCAAGCUCGCUGCCGAUCCUUAGUACCCUGAGUUGCCUGAAGGGGGGAAUGGCACUGCCUGCGUGUGAAGCCCGGGCGCUCGGGCCGCCGCUGCAACCGGAGCGAGGAGCGCCCGCCCGCACCACCUGUCCCCGCCGGCAUUCCAGAGUAGAGGCCGAAUUGGCAGCGAGCCGGCCCGGAGCAGUCGCCGCCUCAGUCCGCGCGGGCCCUCCUAGGGGUGUGUCUCGCGGCUUCAACUCCCAGCCGCUCUUGGACGAGCCCCUAAAGGCGUCUUCCUCCGUGGCGGGAGCCGCGCGCACCCCUCUCUUCGCGCUGCUGCCCCGAGGCCGCCGCAGGCGGAUGCACGACCUCAGGAGACGCUGGGACCUGGGCUCCCUCUGCCGGGCCCUGCUCACUCGGGGCCUGGCCGCCCUGGGCCACUCGCUGAAGCACGUGCUCGGUGCGAUCUUCUCCAAGAUUUUCGGACCCCUAGCCAGCGUCGGGAACAUGGAUGAGAAAUCCAACAAGCUGCUGCUGGCUUUGGUGAUGCUCUUCCUAUUUGCCGUGAUCGUCCUCCAGUACGUGUGCCCCGGCACAGAAUGUCAGCUCCUCCGCCUGCAGGCAUUCAGCUCCCCGAUGCCGGACCCGUACCGCUCGGAGGAUGAGAGCUCCGCCAGGUUCGUGCCCCGUUACAAUUUCAGCCGCGGCGACCUCCUGCGCAAGGUAGACUUCGACAUCAAGGGCGAUGACCUGAUCGUGUUCCUGCACAUUCAGAAGACCGGAGGCACCACUUUCGGCCGCCACCUGGUGCGCAACAUCCAGCUGGAGCAGCCGUGCGAAUGCCGCGUGGGUCAGAAGAAAUGCACUUGCCACCGGCCGGGGAAGCGGGAGACCUGGCUCUUCUCCAGGUUCUCCACGGGCUGGAGCUGCGGGCUGCACGCCGACUGGACCGAGCUCACCAGCUGCGUGCCCGCCGUGGUGGACGGCAAGCGCGACGCCAGACUGAGACCGUCCAGGUGGAGGAUUUUUCAGAUUCUAGAUGCAGCAAGUAAGGAUAGACGAGGCUCUCCAAACACUAAUCCAGGCGCCAACUCUCCAUCAUCCACAAAGGCCCGGAAUGCAUCUAAGAGUGGGAAGAACUUCCACUACAUCACCAUCCUCCGAGACCCAGUGUCCCGGUACUUGAGUGAGUGGAGGCACGUCCAGAGAGGGGCAACAUGGAAAGCAUCCCUGCACGUCUGUGACGGAAGGCCCCCAACCUCCGAAGAGCUGCCCAGCUGCUACACUGGGGAUGACUGGUCUGGCUGCCCCCUAAAAGAGUUCAUGGACUGUCCCUAUAAUCUAGCCAAUAACCGCCAGGUGCGCAUGCUCUCCGACCUGACCCUGGUCGGCUGCUACAACCUCUCCGUCAUGCCUGAAAAGCAAAGAAACAAGGUCCUCCUGGAAAGUGCCAAAUCGAAUCUGAAGCACAUGGCAUUCUUCGGCCUCACUGAGUUUCAGCGGAAGACCCAGUACCUGUUUGAGAAAACCUUCAACAUGAACUUUAUUUCGCCAUUUACCCAAUACAAUACCACUAGGGCCUCUAGCGUAGAGAUCAAUGAGGAAAUCCAAAAGCGGAUUGAGGGACUGAAUUUUCUGGAUAUGGAAUUGUACAGCUAUGCAAAAGACCUCUUUUUGCAAAGGUACCAGUUUAUGAGGCAGAAGGAGCAUCAGGAAGCUAGGCAGAAGCGUCAGGAACAACGCAAAUUUCUGAAGGGGAGGUUCCUUCAGACCCAUUUCCAGAGUCAGGGCCAGAGCCAGAGCCAAAGCCAGAGCCAGAAUCCGAGUCAGAAUCCGAGUCAGAACCCAAAUCUGAAUGCCAAUCAGAAUGUGACUCAGAAUCUGAUUCAGAAUCUGACCCAGAAUUCGAGCCAGAAGGAGAACCGUGAAAGCCAGAAGCAGAACCCAGGUCAAGAGCAGAGCGAUGGCAGCGCCAGCAAUGGCACCAGUGAUUACAUAGGCAGCGUAGAGAAAUGGCGUUAAGUGGCUCCCAGAGGCCUUUGCACACUUGUCCCAAAGCGCCAGAAGAGAUACGGCAAGUCUUAAAACAUGAGAGUUUCCAAACACAUCCUGCUUCCUUAAGUUUGGAAGUUAAAAAAAAGUUAAGAUGUUGCCUUUACAGUUGCCUUUCAAUUAAAUGUUAUACUGUGCGUGGGUAAAACAACUUUCAGCAUGUAAUUAAAUUGCCUCUUUUUGGUUUGUUGGAGUAUUUAUAAAAUCCAAAAGCCAAACCAGACUUGCCAGAAAUUGCUGUUUCGAUAUUUUAAGAAAUUCUUAAAUUAGCUAUAGAGACAAAAUGAAAGCAUAAAAUGUGGCCAUUCAACUUAUGGCUAAGAAACGUCUCCAAAUUAUUCAUGAUACACUGUUAAAACUUGCUCUUGGAAGCAAACAGUUGUUCCCAGGGGUAAGCAGGAAUAUACACAUUUAAAAAAACAAAAUUAACCACAAAACCUUUUAUUUUCUUCUGAUUUUAACCAGGAAUCUAUUUAAAUGGAGUAAGAACUGAUGGUAAAUCUUACCAAACUGUAGAAAUGAAGGUUUUUCUCUCCCAAACAUGGGCAGUUUUAUGUAAGAAAUAUUGGCUUUUCAAGUAGAACAGGAUUCAUAUCUUAUUUAAGAGAUGUUUAGAAUUUUCAACUUUUUCUACCUUCUACUGUUUAAAGGUUUUAAACAGGGUGUAUCUCAUAGUAAACAAAAACACUUUUCUCCCAAAUGAAAUACCAGUGUAGAGAUCUAAUUUUCAGACGCUCUCUGGGCACUGUAAUUUCAACAGUUCUGGAAUCUUGUUGGCGCUGCUUCUCAUUCAUUUGAAGGCUUCUCCGAGUUGUGCUCAUUCCAAAAUAACCCAUUUAUAGAAUCUUUCUUCAUCAUCUAAAUGGUGUGUUGCUGAGUUUCUUGUGAUAUAUAAUCCUGGAUUAAAGUCAGGACUUUCUUUCUAUAGAACUGUCUUAUCAAUGUUUGUGUAGUGAGGUCCUUAUCAAGAAACUCUUGAACAGGAUAACGUGUCUAAAAAUAUUGCUGAAGUUAUUCUCGAUCAGAUAGAAUUGAACCUGAAUGUGAAUGAAUUGUUAUUGACUUUUUGUACACUCUUAUUGUGCCAUUUCCAGUUGGGCUGGCUGCUUCUAGCCCAUUUGUUUUUUGUGUUGACAGAUUGUAGACAAUUACGAUAUGAAAAAAAAAAAUGGUAGAAUAAGCAUUAGGAUAGCUUAUUCGGUAUUCGGUAACACCAAAAGCUAUAUCUCGAUACUUUGGGUUAACCCUCUACCCGGUUUUGUUUGAAGAAAGAACAAAGAGAAACAGUGUUCUGCAGUGAGGUUGAGUCUCAGGAGCAUAUGCAUUGAGGACAGUGAUUUCAUGUUAAGUCUCUGCACAAACACUUGUAGGCGAUCAGUUAUGAAUCGAGCAGGGCGAGAAGAAAGAUGCUAGCACCCGCUGUGCUAGCAAGCAUCGUGAUUCUGGGCAGUUUCCAUUUUAUGGGUUUUGCUAUACUUUGUAGGGACCUACGCUAACCCCCUGGCUGUCGAGCCGACAAGACAACUGGAAAUAGCAUUGAUGUUUUCAGGAGCAACAUGCUUAGAAGUAUGACGAUAAAGUCACAUCUUGUACAAUCCGUUGCUUAUCUGCAUGAUCUAGUCUCAUCUGUAAUACUUAUGGCCACAAGCUGGACAAGAAGCUGCAUAUUUGGGUUUAAAAAUAAAUUUUCUUGACGCUGAGCUUGUAUCACUAUUGUCUGAAGUGUGUUUUAUCUGACAGUAUUGCAGUCCUGGGAAAUCUGAGAACUGAAGAACUGAAAGGAAUUUUUUUUUUUUUUAAACUCAAACACACCUUGAAGUCCACGUGUUUUAGAGUGAAACUAUUUUGUGUACAUUGUGUUUUUAAAAUAAAGAUCCUGUAGAUCACUGUGGUAUCUCAGUUUUGUUUCGUUUUAAUUGACACGUUUGCUCUUAAAACGGAUAAGUACCUUUGGAAAGCAGGAUGGAGCCCGAGCCAGUGGAAAUGUCUGUUACAGGGGAAAAAAAGGAAAACCUUUUGUGUUAUUGCUGUGGUGUGCAUGGCUUGCAGAGAUUAUGUGCAUUUUCUCUGUCUAUACUGAUUAUUGUAUAUAAGGGAUGUUAUAAAUACGCGUUUUUGUCAUCAUCCUAUAAAUCCCAUGAUUUCAACUGUAAACAUCCGUUCAAUGGUGUGGCUUUACAAUUCACUGAUUUUGUGUAAUUUAACAACAGAUAUGAAAUAAAGUUUAAAUUACAGACUC